CUACGUGCUGAGCGUUUGCUGGUAAGCGCGUAGAGGAAAGUAUUACAGGCACGCAGGGCUCAACACCUCACAGACCUUCAAACUUUCGCAGCUGAAGUGCGAGCCUUACAUCUCUGCCCCUGACCACAACGCGAACGAGCGAAUCCAGAGACGGCCUGCUAUGAGAAUAUGUCCGUAAACGAGGUGUACGUGUUCCGGCCGUUUAAACUAAUCGCUCUCCUCUGCGUGUUCCUCGCACUUUGCCUGGACGUUGUUGCGCUGUUGAGCCCCGCAUGGGUUACGGCGGAGGGCUAUGCAUUGUCGCUAUGGGAGUCAUGUAGGGAAAUAGAGACCGGCUGGAACUGCAUCUCCACCCUCAAGUCUGACUGGCAGAUAGCAACGCUGGUGUUGUUAUUAGCAGGGGCGUCUGUGACGUUAGUGGCCUUUCUCAUCGCUCUGAUCUCUCUGUGUAAAGGCACACACAGGAAGCACUAUCGAAUGGUGGCAGUGUUUCUUUUCUCAGCAGUCCCUGCAGCUGAAAACAUCAUGAUGCUGUUUCCACCACUGUGGCGAGGGGAGCGUGGUGUAGCGAGGUAUGCGGCAGGAGAGAGAGCCGGGAGACGAGCGGUAAGUGAGUGGAGUAAUUACAAACGACCAACACCUGUGUCUCGUUCCAGUAAGGGCGCGGGGAGAGAAUAUAAACACCCGACGGAGGCACAAUGGGGAGAGAGAGACGGACUCGACACUAGCUGCCACACACGGAAACCUCUCAGUCAGCAAGGAGGACCUUCUCUGACUUCCGAGCGACGCAAGCCAGGCUGAAGGAGAAGCCGUGGAUAUUUAUGCUGUUUACUUUGGGUGCUCUAUUUAAGUUGUUUUUCUGUGGAAUAAAGUCGUGUCAGUCUCGCCAACCUCGUCCUCUUCCUUCCUUACCAUAACGAACCCGCUACAACCACAUUUAACUGUUGAGAUGGUAUUGUACAGGUGUUGAGCAGUGCCUUGUAUUUUCCAGAGAUGAUGCAUGAAACUGAGAUUCAUCAGACCAGAGAAUCUUGUUUCUGACAGUUUGAAAGAUUUGUUGAAAGGUACGUUUUUGCAUAUUUCAAGUUUUCAUGUGUCUUCACCAGGGCUCCAGACUGCGCCUAAAACGGUCGCAUUUGCGACCAAAAAUAUUAAUUUGCGAAUUAUAUUUUUGCAGAGAUUGCCACUGGUGACUAUGCAGAUUUACUCGUUUUUAAAGUGUUUCCAACGGAAGCGCCACACUUUAAAAAAAACGGCAGGUUAGCGAGAGAGAGCGCUGUGCAGGUCUCAGGGAAGGUGCACUUCCCGACCUCCAGAGGUGCUCUAGCGUCAGACGCACCCGACUCCCAUGUAGCAAGGUCCCCUAGUAGCAAGCAUGAGCCGUGCGAGUGAUUGGUACACAAGCAGUUUCCCGCACGCUCAGUGCCAGCACUCUGCUCUCCGUUUAUUCCACACUCAGCAUACCAAUGCUCAACGAAGCAGCU